AUGAUAAUGAGUUUCUCCUAAAUUUGCCUCAUUGUUGUUGAGUCAAACAAAAAUUGAAAGACAAAGGAAAUCGGAAGAUCAAACAAUAUACCUUCAGCUUACUGUGUACUGUAUACUGACAAAGAUUGAAAAACAGUAUCAACAAGGCAAAAAGCUAUUGUAACGCUCCAUCUAUGGUUCUUUGUAUAUGGAAACAUACAACAAAAGUCCUCACACACCGCUCAACCGCCCUCAAACUCUACAGCCAACCUCCGCCGUAGCCGGAGGCAGCUUGAUUGGCCCCCACCCCGCCUUCAGAAACGACUCCAGACGUUUGCGGCGCGACCGGAAGUGACGUCAAGCUGCGACGCCAGCUCCUGCAGCUCGCCGCUGCGGGAGGCUUUUGGUCCAUCGGGAGACGGGUUCUUUCACCGGAUGGUUGCUGGAGUGGGAUCAUGACGGGGAAGAAGUCUUCCAGGGAGAAGCGGCGCAAACGAAGCGGUCAGGAGGCGGCGGCGGCCCUCGCAGCGCCGGACCUGGUCCCCGCCGUAGGCAGCAGUGGCAGUGGAAGCACCAGCGGCUGCGGGAGCGCAAGCGGUUGCGGAAGCGUCACCUGCUGUGGGAACACUAGCGUGAGUGGAAGUGUCACCGGCGGUGGGAGCGGCGGCAACUGCUGGGGUGGCAGCAGCGUGGAGCGCGGUGAGCGUCGGAAGCGGAGAAGCACUGACUCAUCUUCCAGCGUCUCCGGCUCCCUGCAGCAGGAGGCCAAAUAUCUUUUGCCACCUCUGGAAAAAGAGUUAUUCUUGGCAGAGCACAGUGACCUUGAAGAAGGUGGAUUAGACCUGACUGUGGCAUUAAAACCAGUUAGUUUCUAUAUAUCAGACAAAAAAGAAAUGCUUCGACAGUGUUUCUGUAUCAUAGGCGAGAAGAAGUUACAGAAGAUGCUUCCUGAUGUGUUAAAGAACUGUUCAAUAGAAGAAAUUAAAAGACUUUGCCAGGAACAGCUAGAGCUCCUGUCUGAAAAAAAAAUUUUGAAGAUUCUUGAGGGUGACAAUGGUAUGGACUCUGAAAUGGAAGAAGAAGCAGAUGAUGGCUCUAAGACGGUAUCUGAUUUAGUUAAUCAACAAGACAGCUGUGUAGAUUCUACUUCAUCCCUGAGAGAGAACAAGCAACCUGAAGGUUUGGAAUUAAAACAAGGCAAAGGGGAAGAUAGCGAUGUACUCAGUAUAAAUGCAGACGCUUAUGACAGCGACAUAGAAGGCCCCUGUAAUGAAGAAGCAGCUGCUCCUGAAGUCCCAGAAAAUACAGUCCAGAGUGAAGCUGGUCAGAUAGACGACCUGGAGAAAGACAUUGAGAAAAGCGUGAACGAGAUUCUGGGACUUGCAGAGUCCAGUCCAAAGGAGCCCAAAGCUGCCACCCUGACUGUUCCUCCGCCGGAAGAUGUUCAGCCUUCCGCACAGCAGCUGGAGCUGCUCGAACUUGAAAUGAGGGCCAGAGCUAUUAAAGCCCUGAUGAAAGCUGGUGAUAUAAAAAAGCCAGCCUAGUUUAUUUAAGUUGUGUCUGAAUAUUGGAUGUGUUUGAACAAUGCCACACUGUAUCAUUUUGUAUCUAAUGUUUAUUUGGGGGUCUUACCUGAUAUUUCUCAUAUAACUCUUACUAGAUAAACUCAUCUUAGGUCUAAAAUACAUGUUAUUGUUGUUGUUACUUUUGUAUUAUGUAGUUGUUUUUUGAAUUCAUGACACAUAUCAUUGGGUACUCUAGAUACUUUGUUAGAUGAGUAUUUAGUAUUUCUGCAAAUUAAUAUCUGAAAACCCAUUAGCUAAAAAGUCAUGAUAUUUUUUCCUUUAUUUUGAAAUAUUUUGGCAUCAAACCAAAAAGUUUAUGAAAGAUUGACCAAGCAUGUUGCCUUCAGGCUAUCUAUAUUUUGCAAUAGAAUAUUAAAUUAUUGCUCCUAGGUAUAUUAACAAUUUAAGUUGAGUUAUAUUUAUAUGCACUUUUAAAAUAUGUACCAUUUUGAAGAUGGCUUUUAUGGGUAUGGACUUAGUAAAAACUGAACAACAUUUUUGUUACAAGGCAGAGAUUCAAAAUGGCUGAGCAAAGCUUUUUUAUAAAAAUGGAAAAAAAAGGACUUAGUUUAAAGCAUUUUUUAACAACAUCGAAUUAAUUGUCCAACUUUAAUUCCAGCAGACAAACCAUUCUAACAGGUAUUUGAUACUGUCGAACUCUUAGUUCAGUUUUUUUCCUUCAAUAAAAAGGGCACACGUUUUCAUUUACAUUCCAGGCAGUUAGGAGAAGGAGACUAUUUUAUUGUACAGGCUUUCAUCUGAUGUUUUUGCUUGAAAAUCUUACGUGCUAUAAUUCCAUGAAUUAAAAAUCAUUAAGACUAUCAUUCUGGAUCUGAGGACUUUUGAUAGAUUUCCAAAAAUGAAUUUAAUUUCAGGAAGUUUUGAUAAGUGGAUGUAAUAAUUAAUCUAAUUUUGUAUAGUUUUUGUAAAUAGAUUAACAUGCUGCCACAAUUAUGAAUGCUUUUUGUCCCAUCACUUAAUUGUAGUUGUUUGAUACCAAAAUAAAUUUAGGUAGAGACUCUUAACUUAAAAUAAAUUUUUUUUUGUAAAAUAU